UAUGCAAAUUGUUUAAAUGCUUCAGAAAGCCGAAACGGUUGUCGUUCAAUGUAAAUGAAGUUAAACAAUCGUUGUCGUCAUGCGACAGCUUCGUACUUUAAGACUUUUUUUUGUUUCCAAGAAGCUAACUGCAGUGAUCUCUGAUUAGUAGUCUCUUGGCUAAAUGCCCGAGCGGACAUGGACAUAAACGUUCAACAGUUUUUUAAUUGUUUUUUUCUCCUGAAAAUCAACACUGUAUACAGAGAAGCUGUCGAAAGAGAUCCUAGUGGCAAGAAGAUUCAUUUUAUGGAAACGAUCUUUAGAAUCUUGAUCAUAAUGUACAGCAAAAUAUCACAAUUCGGAUAUUUACACCAGUGUACUUUUCUGUGACAUUACUGUAUCAAGUUGAUGUCAAAGAAACACCAAGUAUUACUCAUCAGUAUAAAAUGUACGUUUGUGCAGCAACAACAUCACGAACUCGUGCAAGAGGAAAAUUACAAGAGAUUUAUUGAAAUUAAUAAAUUAUAUAAAUAAAAUGAAAGGAAAAAGUACUUUAGACAGUGACGAUGAGUGAGAAACAUGGCAUCACCUGUCAUUCUAAGACAUGAAAGGGCCGUAGCUUCAUCUGUCAGCUUUUCAAGAUCAAGAGGGCAAAGUGAGCAGGCAGAUGAUGAUGAUAUUCAAAUAUCAUUGGCACCUUAUGUACAGAACUACCUGGCACAGAGCGGUCAAAAACUUGAUUGUUGUGGGGCAUGUUUACCAGUGCCAUUUGAAAGAGCAGCAAAACAGUCAUGGUGGGAUCCUCGCUUUGACUCUGAAAUACUUGAGGGGCAGUACCGAUCGAGUUCCUUUCCACAAGUGCGCCUAAGAUUCCAAUAUGCUCUUGUGUAUAUCCUUGCUGUAUCGUUUUCAUGGUUUGUAUACUUCAUUGUGACUGGUGCAACUGGCAGAAUACAACACUGGAUUCCUGUGUCUGCUGUCUUUGCUGUACUAUUAAUUAUAAUAGGCCUGAUUUUAGCUGUAACAUACAGAAGUUUUUACAGAACUUAUGCAUUUCCCAUUUCCGUAUUUGUGGCAGUCAUUAUUUGCAUCUUACUACUCGUGUUUAUUAUUCUGAAUUCCUCAAACAGCAAGGCAAGUAGUAUCACCCCUGUAGGACAAUUUUCUCUUUGUAUUGAAAUAUUGCUUAUUAUAUACACUGUGAUACAGCUACCUCUCUAUGUGUGUGUAGCCAUUGGUAGCAUUUUUUCAAUAUUAUUUGAAUGCUUGAUUGCUACAUUGUACUUUAAAGAAGAUUAUGGUGUGAAUACAAACACUGGUGUUGUAGUUCGGACGUUACUGCAUAUUGUUGUGCAUUUAAUCGGCAUUCAUGUUCUCAUAAUGACUAAUGCUAGAAUGCGUGGAACUUUCAUGAAAGUGGGCCAGUCAUUAUUAGUUAGAAGACAGCUCGAAAUGGAGAAACAGUUGAAGGAGAAGAUGAUACACUCAGUGAUGCCACCCAAGGUUGCGGACUGGCUAAUGUCGGAAACUGGUGGUGCCCAGGAAGAUGAAUAUGAAGAUAGUGAAUCAUUACAGAAACCAACACAUGGCAAGAAUCAUGCUAGUGGUGGAAAUGAUAUUCGUUCUCUGUUCCGUCCUUUCAAUAUGAACCGAAUGGAAAAUGUCAGUAUACUAUUUGCUGACAUAGUAGGUUUUACACGAAUGAGCUCCAAUAAGAGUGCCGAAGAACUUGUUGGCAUAUUGAAUGAUUUAUUUGAACGAUUUGAUGAUCUCAGUGCUAAGCAUGGCUGUGAGAAGAUUUCAACAUUGGGUGACUGCUACUACUGUGUUGCUGGUUGUCCUGAGCCUAAACCUGAUCAUGCAAAGGCCUGUAUAGAAAUGGGGCUUGAUAUGAUUGUUACAAUCAAACAGUUUGAUGCAGAAACAAAUGAAGAUGUGAACAUGAGAGUAGGUGUUCAUACAGGAACUGUGUUGUGUGGUAUAGUUGGAACCCGUCGAUUCAAAUUUGAUGUUUGGUCAAAUGAUGUGACAUUUGCCAAUCAAAUGGAAUCAACAGGGAAACCUGGUCGAGUACAUAUUUCAGAAGUUACUGCAAGAUUUCUGAAUAAUGAAUAUGUGUUAGAGGAAGGUGACACUGUCCAAGGUACGAAGACAUAUUUUGUUGUUGGUAGAAAAUGUGAGUUCCGGAAACCCCAUUCACCAACAGCAGUCACUGGAGGAACACAUUUGGAGAUAUCCCCAAGUUUACAGCCACGCAUCCGUGUCCAGUCUUGUGUGCAGAGUAGUGCCAUACGUCCACACUACUUGCAUUUGAUGACAGAUGUUGGUGUGCGGCAAGCCAAAGCAUGUUCACUUCCCAGUAUACUAGAUUCUGACAAUGAAGAUGAAGGCUGUGAUGUGCGACAACUCACUAAAAGUCCAGUAUCCUUGGCUGGUACCAGCUUCUCUCCAAAAUACAAACCAUGGCGUUAUCACAGAAAACUUGUUGUGAAUUCAGAAGAAACAGAGCCACUUGGUUUACAAGGAGUGAGCCGUUCUUCUCCACCAAUGAUUAGAGCACCUGCAGCAGAAAAUAAGGAGAAUGGAGUUCAUCAAGUUGUAGAACCUCAUGCUGAAACAGAGCAACUGAGGCCAGUUAGCACUCUUGGUGUUCCAGUCUCAAGCAGUGAUCAGCUAAGCAUGUGUGCAUCUGUUAACAGCCGCAAAGAUUCUGGAAUUCGUAGCAACAGCCGUCGCAGUAGUAUUCAACAACAGAUAUUUGUGAUGAAUGGUAUAGUCCAUGGGGAUCUGCUUACACACCGUGUGAGUGGUUAUUACACAUCAAGCCAGUCUUCUGUUAAUGAAGCAGAUGGUGAUCCAGAUCGGAGACCAGUUCAGUUGCCACCACCAUUAGCAGAUAACUUGGGAAUGUGUUUCCAAAAUCUUCGAAAGCAGUCAGAUCUACAGUUGAUAAAAUGUGUGCAGGACAGCGCUACAUCACAGCGAAGCUAUUUUGUAAAGCCGCCUCUACGUGGUUUCACAUUGUUUUUUCGGCAGAAGGAAAUGGAAAAAGAAUAUAGAGCUAAUGCUCAUCGUGUGACUGACAAGACUGCUGAUUCUCCUCCAACUUUAGCUACUUCAAGAUAUAAUACAUACUUUGACAUUCUCAUAUCUGCAUUAGUUUAUCUUGCAAUCACAGUUUCUCUUUUCCUGUUAUACAGGCCCACAGUUGCUUGGAUUUCUAUUUGUGUGGGAGCAACAACAGUGCAACUCAUAGCAGUGUUUCUUUGUAUCAGUCAACUGGUUGCAGCAAGACAUGUGAGUUUAAUUGGAAAAAGGAUCUCCAAAAGACUCUUGAAAAUUUUCUCAAGCUGGUACCCAUGGCAUUUUAUUGGGGCUGUCCUUGUGAGCUUGCCUGUCAUUUCUGUUCUAGUAAAUUUUGUAUGUUUAAAUUUUGAAGAAGCUUCAAAUGCAGACUUUUAUUAUAGUUACUUGUUAUUUGUCAGUCUGGUUCACUUUUGUAACUUUACCCAACUAAAUUGCUGGAUGAAAAGUUGCUUGGCCACACUUGCCGGAGUUUGCUACGUUGCAUUAAUAGCUAGUCACACUUGCCCAUUUUUUAUUAACAUACCAAGCAAUUUUUCAUCAUGGCUUAGAAGUGUAAAUGCCAGUAAUGAAAGUAUUUAUAAUUGGAAUGGCCAAAUAAAAUUAGCUGUUAGGAACUCCAUGCAUAAUGGAAUUGCUGCUUCUGAGUUGAGUACAAAAGAAGUAAACAUUUCCAGAAAACCUGAAGCAUUUCUAUAUGAACAUGUAUAUCACAUAAAUAAUUUGUAUCAUGGAGAAAUUUUUCUAGAUGUUUUAAUGUUACUCAUAUUAGUUUGGUUUUUGAAUCGUGAAUUUGAGAUAAGUUACAGAUUGAGUUUUCAUGGAAAUGUAGUAGCUGCAAGAGAUAAGGCAAGGGUUCAGAACAUGAAAAAUCAGGCAGAUUUACUCUUGCAUAAUAUUAUUCCGAAGCAUGUGGCAGAUCAGUUAAAGAACACUGCCAAGUAUUCUGAAAACCAUCAUGAUGUUGGUAUAAUAUUUGCUUCUAUUGUAAACUUCAAUGAAAUGUAUGAUGAAUCUUAUCUUGGAGGAAAAGAAUAUUUGAGAGUUCUUAAUGAACUGAUUGGAGACUUUGAUGAAUUAUUAACGAAACCAGAAUUUCGAAAUGUAGAAAAAAUCAAAACUAUAGGAAGCACUUUUAUGGCAGCAUCAGGUCUGAAUCCAGGUGUACGUAGACAAAGUCAGCAUCCAAAUCAACAUUUGUUUGAAUUAAUGGAGUUCGCUAUAGCUAUGCAAAAAGUAAUUGAUGAUUUCAACCGUAAUUUAUUAGAAUUCAAUUUAGUUUUGCGAGUGGGUUAUAAUUUUGGUGAUGUAACAGCUGGUGUCAUAGGAACAAAGAAACUGUAUUAUGAUAUUUGGGGAGAUGCUGUUAACAUUGCUAGUCGAAUGGAUUCAACAGGUAUUCGUGGUAGAAUUCAAGUUGGUGGAGCUUGUUUGCCCAUAUUGUCAGAACGAUAUGAAUUUGAACCGAGAGGUUCAGUUUAUGUUAAAGGUAAAGAUCAUAUGGAAGUUUUCCUUUUAAAAGGGAGAUGUGGAGAAGUAAGUGCAGUCAGUGGUUGAGAGGUGAUGACGUAAAUGUUAACUUGCAAUGAAUUUGGUACCAUGUAUCAUUUAAAUGCCAAAUAUUUUUCACAAAUUAAAUCUUUCAUGGUGAAGUAUAAUUAUGGAGUCUAUUCGCUGCACAGUGUAAUGGAAAAAGAAGAAAGUAUUCUUGAUUGUCUUUAUUAACUUGUACACUCAUCUACUUUGAAGUACUGUCACUGAAUUAAACUACUUUCUUGUACAUCCUCCAGAAAUCCAAAUACAAUCCUGAUGCUUGUGCAUAGGCCACCAUAUCAUUAUGACCUCAGCUUAUAUUUUUGGUGCUUUUGUAAUGGAUGAUCAUUUUGUUAUUUUAACAUGGUCUUCAUAAACAACUAACUUGGAGAAACUGCCACAGCUGGAAUGAAUGAAAUGAGAUUUUAUAUGCAGCAUUCUAAUAUCAUAAUCAUGCACAAGAGAACAAGUUAAUUUGGAUAUCUCCAUUCAGCUUAUCAGUGCUGGGCCACAAUUACUGUUAAGAGGAGGCUGAUUGAUUCUUCCUAUACAUAUAGUUAAUGAUUCCUGUGUUUGACGUUCUAAGUCAAACCCCAACAGUAUUCAUUCCUGUGCUAUACAACAUACUGAUAAUCAGAAAGUAAGGAAAGUAAGUUUUCUGUUACUACAACAUGUGAUGAGACUUAGAUAUUAAUGCUAUUUCUUGCAUCUCUAAGUCAGUCUUUAUACAGUGAUGCUAUGCCAAAUUGUACCACAUGGAAGUAUUAUGAAGUUAUGAGAACCCACAUUAAUUUUGUUUCUUAAACAAAAUUUUAUUUGGGAAUUAUUCUUUGUUUAUUCCAUGCUGUUCAUCUGCUACUGCUGCUGCUAACAGCCUCCUGUGUUACAUGAGCAUGCACAUAAUUGCAGUAUCAGAACCUCAUAUUUGCAUAACCAAUAAUCCUUUACAGAUUAAUUUUUUUUUAUUUAGUUGCUGAUGCCAGAACUUAGUUUAUGGUAAACUUAGUUUUCUCUCCUUCUUUUUUCUUCAGUAGUAUUAUUAUUGCCCUGACACAAAAACCUGAUUGUGUCAUUUGAGUUUUCAAAGGAUUUUGCAUUUCACACAUGCUUCAUAUACAAUUGAUGCACACCUGCCAGUUGGUGGAAAUGCCCAUUUGUGUUUCUGAUAGAGAGAGGGCUGUUAUAUUGAAUGAAAAGUACUUGAAUAAUGUCAUAGGCAGAGGAGAAACAUACAUCACCGUCAUCAGAAAUAUAAUCAAAUAGAGAAGAUCAGAGUUACAAAAAUUUGAUUUCUUUUCUGCAGAAAGUAUGAGUACUUUAACUUUAUCUGUGGUAGUAUGUCAUUAAUACACACACACACACAUCACUAGGAAGUGUUGUGUACUGUUUUCCUAACAGUUCCCCUUCUUAACAUAAACAAUGAACUCUGUAAAUCACAGACAGUGUCAUUGAAAUUAAUUUAAAACAGAAUGAUGUUGAUAUUUGCAGCAAGAGAAGAAAGUCUUAACUAAUAAUUACCAAAAAGAGGGAGAGGAAUAGAAGAAGUGGUAAGAUGAAAAUGUUUUUAAGACACCUUAACACUCAUUCUGGCUGGACCUUUAACAUUUAUUUUAACCAAUUUAAAAUAUUUGUUCCAAUGCAAUGUUUUGGGGUUUUCUUAUAUCAUUUUUUGUUUAUAACACAAAUUUUGAGAGCUAAUUUGUGUAAAUUGUAUGCAUACAUUAUGUCUGAUGUUACAAAAAACAAAAAUGUGUGUGUUUUUAAAUUGAAAAAGUUAUUAAAAGGAAGUAAAAGGAACUGAAACAUUAUGCAGUAACAUUCUCUGACAUGUUUUAAACUGUCAGUGUAAGUAAAUUUAUAAACAAGAAAACUUUCUAGGGCAAGGCACCACAAGCAAUUGUAGUAGCAUCUGCUUUACUGCUACUUUCUCACAUGUCUUGACUAUUUUGAUAUAAAGGGGAGCAAGCUUUGUGUUUAAAACUAUUUAUUUGUAUCAGAAGCAAAUUAAAUUUUGAGCUACCUAUCUUUAUUGAUGCCAGUAUUUUAAACUUCCUUGUAAAAUCAGUGGGAUAUUUUCUUGACUACAAAUAAGUGCUGAAAGUAUUUUUUUCCUUUGUGUGUCUGCUUUCAUCAUUGAAAAGUAUUAUUUUGUAAUUAUCUUAAGAGAAAAUCAAGUGUGAAUUUUGCCUCAUUGCUUCAGUGCAGUCAGAUAAAGAACUUACCUUUUAGUGCCAUGUGUUUUACAUUUCAAAGUGGGAUGCUAUUACAUCCGUAGUUACUCCACGUCUUAAUACUUCAUAUGGCAUUAUGAGUUGCAAUACUCAGUGAAAUGAGUGACAUAAGCAGACAGCUCACUGUACAAAGGAAGCAAUUGCCAACACAUAGAUAAUCAGAAAGUGAUGACUGCUGUACAUUCCCCCCCCCCGUGUGUGUGUGUGUGUGUGUGUGUGUGUGUGUGUGUGUGUGUGUGUGUGUGUGUGUGGAAGCAGUUUCCUGUUUGCUCAUCAUAACUUCCAUUACAUAAUGAAUAGUUGCCUUGUCUUGUGAUAUUUGCUAUCCAGGAUUUUCCAUUGAAAUGUUAACCAGAUGUAAAUAAUUUUCCACUGUGCUGUUUAUGCACUUAGUGCAAUACUCGUCAUCUCAAUCAUUGUUUGUCAGUUUUCAAUGAAAGAUAUCAGCAGUAGUUGUUUUGUUCCCUGUUUGCAUCUAUAUGAAAUGAAGUUUUUAGAGGCCUGGAAAGCUAAGAAUCUAAUGUUUGGUACACCACAAUUCUACAGAUACAUAAUAUCAUAUUCUGCCAUAAUUUAAUAUCAUUCCACUAUUUGUAUAUGUAAGAUCUGUUCUCUGAGGUUUUGAAUUUUAAGAGCAAAGCAGGUGCUACAGUCAAACUAUAUUUUAUCAUUUAACAUCAAUAAUUCUGAUAAAAACAUGUUUGGUGUUGGAUAAUCUUCACAGACACUGAUAAAUGGUAGUUCUUAAAGAACAUUUCCUAAAAUAAUAUGUAAGGAGAUUUUCUACGCACUUGUGUUGUGCGUAUCUAUUUUUAAAUGAUGACACAAACUUCUGUAAUCUCAGAUGGUUUCUGUAAUACUGUAAAUUGUAAGAAUAAUGUAAAAUAUUUCUUUUGCUUGUUGAGAGUAAUAUGUGUUACAUAUGAGAGCUGAAGUUAUAUAAUGAGUGCUGAAUUUAUGGGAUUUGAGUUACCAUGUCAUAUGAGGUAUGAUUUUCAAAGGUAUAUAUAAAGUAUUCAUCCCUGUUGCAUCAUCAUGUUAAUGUGCCUUGUACAGUAUGAAUAGUACUGGAUUAUAUCUCAUUUGAGUUCCUAAUGUUGCAUUGAUAAAAGAUAAACCCGCCGUAUUUCAGCUGAUCAAAGUUGUCAGGCUAUAUUUCAGUACAGUAUUAUAAAGCACUGUGCCUUAAGAGUUAUGUUUGGUUACAGUUGCUGCAUCAAACAUCUCUUCUCUUGAAAAAUGAUUGUGGUGAAUUAAAGUAUUCAGCUUUAUCUGUUUUUGCAAAUUCUUUUUGUUGGGCAACAAGGAUGUGUCUUCAAUCAAUUAGCACCAGUAUUAUGUUGUUAUACCAAUAAAUAAUUUAAUGUUUAUUUUUUUAUGACUGUAUUAGCUAGUCACAUAUGUUCAGAAAUACUUAGUGUUUAGAGAUCACUAAAUAAUGGUUUAGUCAUUAUAUGUAGCAAAUUUACAAUUCUUAGUUAUAAAAUAAUUUCUUUUGUGAUUUUGUAAAGUAGAAAGGCCAUUGUAAUUAGCUGCCAGACAGAGUGGGAACAUUUCUGUGCUUGAACUAUGUAUGUAGUUAAUACAGAAUGUUGAUCACAAAUUAUAGAAGUUUUUCCACGUAUACUAUUCAACCCAGCAUUUAGAUAAUUAUUUUUGAGUUUUAUAUGCUUAUCAUAUGCUGAUGACCUUAUUUCAAAGUUAAGUGAGUUUCCAGUUAGGUGGAAAUUGUCUAGAUUUAAAAAAACUGCACUACUGUAUGGCUUAUCAGAGUAGGUGAAUUUUAUUAUCUGUAACAGAAAGCAAUAAUGAAUGAAAUUGUGAAGUGUCUUGUAGCUCCAGAGAUACUACUUACAAGUAUCCAUUGAUAAAGUUGUCUUGAAAUAUAUGGUUCUGAAAACUUUUAACUACGUGAUCUAGAUGAUGCUUCAUAAUUCCCAUUAAUAGGGCAUUCUUUUUUAUAUUGUCAGCUUUUAAGUCAUAAAUUUCUCAGCAAACGUUUGUCAACAGAACCUUGUAUGUGAAGUCAGAAGUAGGUUUUGCAAGUGUACUGAAAUCAUAUUCCAUGAUGACUUUGAGAUAUGUCAGAAUAUUUAGAGUAUUGCCAUUCGUGUAAAGAGCUUUAAAUAAAUGUAUGCAUUGUUAUGUUUUCUAAUGCUUAAAUGCCUGUUGUAUCAUAAUGGCAGUAUCAUUUUCUUUUUUUAAAAAAAUAUAGUAUGUAUAUUACAUCAAUUAGUAGUGUGAAAUUACACCAUAUAGUAUAUUCUUUUGGUUUUGUGCUUGGAUUGCAGUUGCAUGUAUCCCACAUGUUAAGUACUUUAACAAUACAGAAUGAAAACAAUUGUUCUGUGACCUAUUCAUCACUUGACAAUAUAUUAUUUGCUAGAAUAAAAAGGUUGAUGUUAUUUAUACAAAAGGGAAUAAGAGGUACCAUUUCGGAACAUUUAUUCUAGAAGAAUCAUAAGUUUCUAUCUCUUAUGGAUCAGGCAGAAACAAACAUAAUGUUAAAAAUGCUUUCUUUCCAUUCAUUUAUUGCUCCAUUUCUCUCUCUUGUUACAUGUGAUGAUUGUUUCAUUUGAGUGAAAUAGUCCAUUAUAUCCUAUCCUUUUCAUUUUCACUUUCACCUAAACACAUUUAGAAUGUUGAAGUUAAAGAUGGAGUGGAAGUAGUCAACAUUAGUUGUUCUUUUCUGAGCCUCUAGAAAUAUUUAUAGCUGAGGAAAAGUGGCCCCUCAUUGAAGGUUACUUUUGGUAAUAUGUAUAAAGGUGCAUUCAUAAAAUCAACGUUUUAAAGUACUGUAGAAGUUUCUCAAAUUGAGUGUCACUGUCUGUAUCUAUAUUGCAAUUCCAUCAUCAACUAAAAUGGACUGUUUGGUUUACAGCCUAAGGAAUUACUGUCUGAUAAGUAUUAAACGCUAUUUACAGCAUGCUCCCUACAGUAUUUAAUGCUACUAUGUGUUCCUUUGUUUACAGUAGUGCUUGUGAUGAAGUCAGGAAUUUGUUAUUCAUUUCUGUAUUGUUAAAUGCUAUGGAAAUUGCCAUAAUUAUUAAUAUAUUCAUUAUCAAAUGUCAUUGUACAGUUAAAUCAUGCAACUGGCAAUGUGUAAUGAACACAACUAAUGCUUUAGUGGAAAGUUAACAAGAUGUUCAUGUUUAUCACAUUUCAAGUUACUCAGUUAAAUUGAAGCUGUUAGAUGUUAGUGCAAGAAAGUAAGACUUUUAGUAACUACUUUAACAAAUAUACUGCUCUGGCAAAAUGAUUCUAGCUCUGUAUAGAAUAUAUUUGACAUAUAAACCACUGCAUAUGAUACAAAAAGAUAAAAAAAAUGGGAGAUGAUACUUUUUAAACCUGUCUAUUGGAUAUUGCAAAUUUUGUAUGCAUUAUUUCCAGUUGCAGAAAUUCUGAAAUUAUUUUCUUUUGGUAUACAACUUUUUAUCUCACAGUUACAGCUUUACUACUGCAACUGGCAUGAGCUUUUCUAGCCUUUGCAAUAUCUUUUUUAUAUAAUAAGAUAGCUUUUUA